AUGCUCCAGUCCAGCCUGCCGCAGUGGCCUCUCGGGCGGGGCCAUAAGUCUUUAUAAGAGGGCAGCAAUGAUCCCUUGGAAGGACGCACUCACGUGAACCUGCUCGGAACUUCUGCCGCGCGACUCAUCUUGUCCUCGCUUCUCCUCCUCUCUGCUUCGGCGCACCUCCGUCCACCCAGCAGGAACCCAGAACCAUGGAGAGUUCCGCUGUUCUCCGCGGGGUGCUGGUGGUCAGCCUGCUGGUCGUCCUCUGUCACGGCCAGACGUCCCAGGAGGUUUCUGCUGAGGACUUGGAAGUGGGCAGAAACGAACCAGCAGCAGACCGAGAACUGGUCGAGGCGCUGGAGGUUUUACUGGACAAGGUGCACAACCGGGUUUCCAUGGAGAAGAGAGGCAGCAUCCCGCUGUGUGGGAUCGGCGACCGCUGUGCCAUGAAGUUCGGACCACGGAUUGGAAAGCUCUGCGACUGCGGCAGAGGAGCUAACUGCAACUCCUACCUGCUCAAGUGCAUUUGAAAGCCACUCAUCUGUAGGAAUCCUUAGUCAGGAUGCACAUUUCAUCUCGAGCCUAUCUGAGCUUUGGCUUAUGUCACGCAUGGUGGUUAUUUUUUCCCAUGAGGCAUGGUUGUGUGGCGAGUACACUUUAAAUGUAGCAUGUAAAUGCAUCACGUUCAAUAAAGCGAUUUAUCAACAA